GGAUUGCAAAACAUAUGUUAAUUACAAAGCUGUUCUCCAAACAUUAUAAAUAGCGCAGGUCAAUUGUUCAUUUAACAUAAGCAAUUACAAACUUUCUCUGUGAUUAAUCUUCUACAUACAAAAUUUCAUUUACUUGUACACAACUUCUUUAUCCAAAAUGAGUUCCUCCCAGAAGGCAAGCUUCAACGCCGGUGAGACCAAGGCUCAGGCCGAGGAAAAGACCAACCAGAUGCAAGAAAAGGCUGGCGAAAUGACCAACCAGAUGCAAGAAAAGGCCAGCGAGAAAACCAGCCAGGUAUCUGAAAUGGCCGGUGAAAAGAAAAGCCAAGUUUCAGACAUGGCCGUUGAAAAGACCAACCAAGUGUCAGAAAUAGCCGGUGAAAAGACCAGGCAGGUCUCAGACAUGGCCGGAGAAAAGACCAGGCAGGUUUCUGAUGUGGUCGGUGCGAAGACCAGCCAGGUUUCAGACGUGGCCACUGAAAAGGCCAGCCAGGUGUCAGGCGUGGCCAGCGAAAAGACCAGCCAGGUGUCAGAGGUGGUAAGCGAAAAGACCAGCCAGGUUUCAGACGUGGCCGGUGGCAUGCUUCAGUCUGCUAAGGAAUCAGUCCAAGAGGCUGGUUCACAAGUGAAGGCAAAGGCAGAGGAUGCUGCUGAGGCUGUCAAGAACGCCACUGGCAUCAACAAAUGAGCUCAGUUACCUCAUUAGCUCUCACCCAUUCACCACCAAAUAAUCGACUUAAGACUCCGUUAUUAGUAAUAUGGAAAGAAGCCAAAACUCUCCAAUAGAUUCUUAGUCAUUUUUUGCAAAUUCUUUACAGUGUAAUAAUUCUGUCAAAGAGUUGAGUUUUUGAGCUCCCAAUAGUAGCUUGUUUCCCUUUUAAAUUAAUACAAUCAAAAGCUUUAAACCUA